GCAGCAAUUCGCCCCGCUCGCCGUCGUUUUAGUCAUCCCGCUCCUCGCGUUCUCCUUCCAGGCCCACUCCCCGUCCGUCUUCGAUUCUUUCGCCAUGUUCCUCGAGUCUCUGGGCCUUUCCUUCUCGUGGAACUCGUCAAGCGCGAGCUCGUCUUCGGCCUCUUCUUCGGACCGGCGCAAACUGAAGAAGAAACAUGUCCGCACACGAGCAGACCAGCUGGUGGCGAACGGUAGUGCGAAACACGACAAUGACCAGGAUAUUGCGGGGACGGAAGAUGGCUACUAUCCCGGUCUGGUGAAUAUUUCCGGGACGUACUGCUUCAUGAAUUCGACUUUACAGGCCAUGGCGUCGCUAUGCUAUCUGCAACCUCAUAUAGAGCGGAUUCACGCCAAAGCGGAAGCUUUGGAUGUACCGACGCCGGUCUUGGAUGCGCUCAGGGACUUACUGUAUAUCCUGAACACUCCCCGCUCACACCCCACCUCUAUCCGACCUGUAGACAUUAUCAACGCCUUGUCCAACCAGUCCCGAGGGAAACACAACGCGCUCUUUUCCUCGAGAGAGCACCAAGAUGCGCAAGAGCUCUUCCAGCUUUUGUCAGAGUGCAUCAAGAAAGAGGCAUUGGAAGUGGACAAGGAGGGUCAUCGGGAUCGAGGGUUCGCGGGACUAGCAAAUAUGCCUUCUGAUAUCAGUAGAGAUAUCGGGAAGAGUGUGUUUGACGGGCUUACCGCCAAUCGGCGGAGCUGUAUGGAUUGUGGGUACACGGAGGCAGUCAUGCACUUUGCGUUUGACAACUGGCAACUGGCUCUGCCUCGAUAUGCGAGCUGUCGUCUUGAAGAGUGUCUUGCCGACUACACACGACUAGAAGUGCUCACAGACUGUAUCUGUCGGAAGUGUUCGCUUAUAGCAACCCAUCGACGUCUAGCCCAAGAGGCCGAGCGAUUGACCGAAGCUGCUAGCCACGACGAGAAUCCAUCAUCUUCCAAGAAGAAGCGAGCAAGAGAGGCUAGGAAGUUAGAAUCCCGGGUGAAGGCUGCUCUUGAACAGGGGAAGAUAGAAGAGGACAUCCGUGGCGUUAAGAUGGAGAAGGUGUUCAGUCGGGCGUCGACGAAACAAGCAAUGAUUGCACGGCCGCCUCCUGUAUUGGCUCUUCACCUAAAUCGCUCAAUGAUAUAUGGCCACUACGCCACCAAAAAUACAUGUCGAGUCAUCUUCCCUGAAAUCCUUGACCUCACGCCGUACACCACAUCUGGCAACCUGUCCACCACCCCAUCCGCGCCCAUCUCUUCCCCUCCCCCGCCCAUUCCCCGCUCGACGACACCUACCCCAGCAACAUACGCUACCCCUCGCACGCUCUAUCGCCUUGCCGCGGUCGUCUGCCACUACGGCCAGCAUUCCUUCGGACACUACGUCUGCUUCCGCCGUAAACCUCGGCCUCCUUCCGCCGGGUCCCGCCGUUUCGCCCCGCCGCGCCUCGUCUGUCCGCUCGGCUGUGAGUGCGAGAAAUGCCAGCGCUACGGCCCCGUGCGCGAUGACGAAUUUCCCGCCUCGCCCGGCCGCGGUUGGCUGCGUAUCAGCGACGACAGCGUGCGCGAGUGCGGGCUCGAGAGCGUGCUCGCGGAGGGCUCGGGCGCGUUCAUGCUGUUCUACGAGCGCGUCGUGCACCCUAGGCCGAGUGUCCAUUCGCGGAGCUCCCAGGACACGGUGAGGCCAGACGUUGUCCUCGGGACGUGCGGGGUACUGAGCGGCCGCGCUGACGAUGAGUCGUUGUUAUCUGUAGGCGGGACGACGGCGCCGAUCGGACCGAGGGUGGUGAGGAAUGUUGCGGCGGGGCGGGGGAAGAGCGCGUCGCCGUCGCUGCAGAGGGAGCCGAGCGAUGUGAAGGUCGAGAAGGCGGAACCUCGCAAGGUUGAGGUUAGGCCUGGAGACUUGCAGGACUCGUGCAAGGCUGCCAGAGAUCGGCUUGCGCGUGCAGCAGCAGUAGCUCAGAACGGCGAAGCCACGACGUUGGAGGAGACACCGUCUUUCGAGGAGGACUCGGCUCCAACGAUCCGGCCACCCGACCAAGCCACAUUGAAAACCUCGCCAACCCGUCUAAAAGCUCCUCAGCCGGUUCGACCAUUGUCAGGAGGGCCGCUAUCGCCUCCACGGACGGUCGGGCUUCGAGCAUAAUGCACCGUGUACACGUAUAUUUAUGCCUUGCUUUGGCUCGCCCAAACUCUGUACAACAUCCACGCUCCUGUAUCGUUAGUACCGCACCCUACCCCCGCUAAUCAGUCUUGCUUUCUCGUUUUCAUUUUGC